CACACCCAAGGAGAUGUUGUGAAUUCAGCAUUUGAUAUUUGCAGCCAUGGGAUUAAAGCAGGUGCUAGUUAAGCUUUUGGCAGUGGUUGUUGUGUUUGUAUGUUUCUGGGAUGCUGUGUUGUCAGCUCCUUGGGCUCAUGCAGCUCUGAACCCCAGGGCCUUCCAAAAGUCCUCAGUGCUGCAACCCAGGUACUUCCAGAACCAGAGAUCUGCAGUGCUGCAACCCAGGAAGCAGGAUUCAGUGUUCCAGUCAAAGCAAGGCUUUGACACUCCGCUGACCUGGACGUUUCCUCAUGAUCCAGUGCCAGAGGCCAAGCCUGACGUAAGAAAUGUUGAGCUGAAGCAGCCUGUCCCUGCCAACACGGUGGGGGUCAAAUGUGGGGAGAAUCUGGUCCAGGUGGAGGUCAAGCAGGAUCUGUUUGGUAUUGGGCAACUCAUCCAGCCGGCGCAUCUCACCCUGGGGGGCUGUGCUGCAGUUGGGGAGGAUGUCGAAGCCCAAAGGCUGAUCUUUGAGUCUGAGCUGCAGGGAUGCGGCAGCAAACUGGAGAUGGUAGAGGAUGCCUUCAUCUAUACCUUCUACCUGCUCUACAAACAAAGCAAUAUUGCCAACACCCCUGUUGUAAGGACCACUGAGGCUGUUGUAGGCAUUGAGUGCCACUACAAGAGGAAACUCAAUGUGAGCAGCAAUGCCUUGAAGCCUACCUGGACCCUCUUUGCAGACUCUAAAUUAGUUGAGGAGCAACUCUACUUUUCUCUCAAGCUCAUGACUGACGACUGGCAGAUUGAGAGGGCCUCCAGUCAGUACUUCCUAGGUGACUUGAUUCGCAUGGAAGCCUCUAUCCUGCAGUACCACCAUGUGCCUCUGCGGGUUUUUGUGGAAAGCUGUGUUGCCACUCUGGUGCCUGACAUUAACUCUAAGCCCAGAUACUCAUUCAUUGAGAAUGACGGGUGUCUAGUUGAUGCUGCGUUGAUGGGCACUAGUUCCCAGUUCCUGCCUCGCUCACAGGACCACAAGCUUCAGAUCCAGCUGGAGACCUUCAUAUUCAAACAGCAGUAUGCUGGCCCUGGAAGCAACAGCAAAACUAGCCAGGAAAAAAUGGACCUGAUCUACAUAACCUGCCACCUGAAGGCCACUGCAGCUUAUGCUGAGGGCAAGGCCUGUUCCUUUGUCAAUGGGUGGUGGUCUGCAGAUGGGGAUGACCAGGUGUGUGGUUGCUGUGACACCACCUGUACCAUGAGAAGGGCCAGGGCUACUUCCAUCCACACUGAUGUGCAGUGGGAAUCCGACGCUGUCCUUGGCCCCAUAUCCAUCCAGUAGUGUUGACGUGAUCUACCUCAAUCAUGACAUUAAAUAGGCUAUAGAGAAAAGAGCAACUUAAUGGUUAUGUGCUGUAUGCUUCUCUUGGUUUGACAGUACAGUUCAUUUGUUAUGUCCUGUUAUUAGCUGCCCAUCCUGUUAUCUUGGCAUCUUUUUCAAAUUAAUUCAGUUACAUUGUCAAAUAUUUGUGUCAUGUAUUUUAAAGAGUAAGACAGGGCUGACACCAUACACAUAAACUUGGAUAAAAUAUAAUUAAUACCUGUCUCAAUUUAGAAAGAUAAGGUGCAAAUUAGAUUAAGUUCUGUAUCAAAUCACACACUGUAUACAAAAUCUGUUAUUUCUUUACAAUUUGACCAGAACAAAUGGACAGGAAUGACAAGGGGACACAAUAGCUUUAUGAAAAUGUAAAUAUGAUUGAAAUACUCCAAUUAAAGACAGUUAAGUUCAUAUCUUA